CCAGGUGAGCCAGAGUGGAAACGCAGGACACCUGACUGCGUUCAUUCUGCAGUCUUCAGAACUCUGAGGACAGCGUCGGGUGCUUCGCUCUUGAUGGAUAGUUCUGGUCGUGCAGAUGUCAAAUGAAUAUCAUGACCAGGACUGGUCGAUGUUUAUUGGCACUUGAUUGUCAUCUUUGUGUGGAUUGCUCUGUUCUACCUUGAGGCUAUACUCAACAGUGCAUAGGCUAGUAUCGACUAGUCCAGCGCUUAAUUUUGCCAAACAAAAAUGACCGCAAGCCCUGGACUUAGUGACCCUGCUGUUCAGACGGACAGCCCCACACACGAGGGAGACGGAGGACAGGUUGUUGGCUUGAAGAAGCAGAUUGGCCUCGUCAGCGCAUGUGGAAUCAUUAUCGGCAACAUCAUUGGGUCUGGGAUCUUUGUCAGUCCAAAAGGGGUUUUGGAGAAUGCUAGUUCAGUAGGCCUGUCACUCAUAGUGUGGGCAGUGACCGGCAUCAUCACAGCCAUUGGAGCCCUUUGCUAUGCUGAGCUUGGUGUGACAAUCCCCAAGUCAGGUGGUGACUAUUACUAUGUUAAGGACAUAUUUGGCGAACUUGUAGGGUUUCUGAGGCUAUGGAUUGCAGUGCUGGUCAUCUAUCCGACCAACCAGGCAGUCAUUGCCCUUACAUUCUCCAACUACAUCCUGCAGCCCCUGUUCCCCUCCUGCUUUCCCCCGGAGAGCAGCCUGCGACUGCUGGCUGCCGUCUGUCUUUUGUUGCUAACCUGGGUGAACUGCUACAGUGUGAACUGGGCCACCCGAGUGCAGGACGUGUUCACGGCUGGGAAGCUGCUGGCCCUGGCUCUCAUCAUCUGCAUGGGACUAGUCCAGAUCUGCAGGGGGGAACAUUACUGGCUAGAACCAGCACAUGCCUUUGAGACUCAGCAGGACUAUGAUGUGGGUAGAGUUGCUUUGGCGUUCCUGCAAGGUUCUUUUGCAUAUGGAGGCUGGAAUUUCCUUAACUAUGUUACAGAGGAGCUCAUUGAGCCAUACAGGAACCUCCCUCGUGCAAUCUACAUCUCCAUCCCAGUGGUGACAUUUGUGUAUGUGUUCGCUAAUGUUGCGUAUAUCACAGCCAUGAGUCCGCAGGAGCUGCUGGCCUCCAACGCUGUGGCUGUGACGUUUGGGCAGAAGUUAUUGGGAGUGAUGUCAUGGAUCAUGCCUGUGUCCGUUGCGCUGUCCACAUUCGGAGGGGUCAACGGCUCCCUUUUCACUUCCUCUCGCUUGUUUUUUGCUGGAGCGAGGGAAGGGCAUCUACCUCGUUUGCUUGCCAUGAUCCACAUGGAGCGCUGCACCCCAAUCCCAGCAUUGCUUUUCACCUGUCUGUCAACACUCCUGAUGCUGUGCACCAGUGACAUGUACACACUGAUCAAUUAUGUCGGCUUCAUAAACUAUUUGUUCUAUGGAGUCACGGUCGCUGGGCAGAUUGUACUGCGCUUCAGAAAACCUGAUCUGUAUCGCCCAAUCAAGGUAAACCUGUUGUGGCCAGUGAUCUACCUGCUGUUCUGGGCCUUCCUGCUGGUCUUUUCUCUUAUCUCCGAGCCUGUUGCGUGUGGUGUUGGCGUUGCAAUCAUGCUAACUGGCAUCCCUGUCUAUUUUCUCUGUGUGUACUGGGAAGGCAAACCAAAGAGCUUCAAUACUGCUAUUGCUGCUGUUACACACUCAAUUCAGAGGCUCUGCAGGGUUGUCUUCCCCUCUGAAGAGAAGAGCAGAGAGGCUGUCACUAGUGAUGAGACAGAAAAUUUGAACAGCUCAUGCCGCAAAAGGUCAGCAUAGUUCUGUCCAUGCAGAUGCAGGGCGUGUGUUGGCUCUGGCUGAAGAAGAAAGGUCUAUCUCACAGAAUCCUGUUGCAUUCAAGGGUCAAGGAGCAGCUAAUCUAUUUGUCUCAUUUGUUUUUUUUGUUUUUGUUUUUCAUUUUUUUUAUUAUUAUUGUGUUUGUUUUUUAUUUAUGUCUGUCCAUGUAUGUGUAUGUCUUUGUCUGGCCUCAUAACUUGUGUUGUGCCUGCUAUUCAACCGUAUGUUUACAUCUAUAUUACUUUUGAAUAAGUUCAUUUUAAGCUUGAUCAACUUUAAUGAACUUUUAGAUUAAUAGGAAAGCACAAUUUGCAUAGUGCCUUCAAAUACUCAAUGCUGCCCUUCAGCUGCUGACUGAGUGAAAUAUUAUAUGCAUUUAAAAAUAUAUUAUGGCCUUACCUUACCAGAGAAAGUGUUAUUUUAAUGUAGGCCUAUUUGAUGUCUCUGGUCUUGUAUUCACAUUUUUUCAAAACAGUAUUCAAUGAAUUAAAAAGAAAAUUAAUAAAUAAAAUGUCAUGCACGUGGAAGAUGUAUUGAAGAGGUAACCACAUUGAAUUGUGUUUACAAUUGGAUAGGGCACUUGUAUUGUUUUUGUAAACAAAGUUUAUAUAAAAAAGUCUUUAAUAUAUG